CUGUCAUUCGCUGUUCCCUUCAUUCGCGAUUUGCUCAUCGUUCUUUCCGAUCGAACUUUUCUGACGAAAUGUGCUGGCGGAAUUUUUCAUCGAAGUAAAAAGUCGUUAUCUCCGGAAAAUAUAAGUUCCAAGAUUUUGGAAAAGUGCUGAACCUGAACGGUUACGUUUGUGCAAAGUGGUUUUAAUAAGUGGUGUUGGAGAUUUAUUUGCCAUUUCCCGAGAUGGAUAGCGUUACGGUGGAAGAUUUACGCCGGCUGCCGGAAAGCAUUAGCUUCCCGAACGAGGAGGAAAAGGUUUUUGCCUACUGGAAGCAGGAAAAGGUGUUCGAGGCGUGCCUGAAGCAGUCCAAGGGAAAGCCGAGGUACACCUUCUAUGACGGGCCUCCGUUUGCGACCGGCUUGCCCCAUUACGGCCAUAUCCUGGCGGGAACGGUCAAGGACAUCGUCACUCGCUAUGCCCACCAGCAAGGCUAUCACGUCGAACGUCGUUUCGGCUGGGAUUGCCACGGGCUGCCCGUCGAGUACGAAAUCGACAAAACGCUGAACAUCCGCGGCCCGGAGGAUGUGGCCAAAAUGGGCAUCAAAGCGUACAACAACGAGUGCCGGAAGAUUGUGAUGCGCUAUGCCGACGAGUGGGAGCAGAUUAUCGGUCGGAUGGGACGAUGGAUCGAUUUCAAGAACGAUUACAAGACGCUGUAUCCGUGGUACAUGGAAUCGAUCUGGUGGGUGUUUAAGCAGCUGUACGUUAAGGGCAUGGUGUACCAGGGCGUUAAGGUGAUGCCGUACUCGACGGCGUGCACGACGGCGCUGUCGAACUUUGAGUCCGGUCAGAACUAUAAGGAAGUGACCGAUCCGGCCGUGUUCGUUUCGUUCCCGAUUGUGGGCGAUAAGGAUAAUGCCGCCCUGAUUGGCUGGACGACCACCCCUUGGACCUUGCCGUCGAACAUGGCAUGUUGUGUGCAUCCCGAGCUCAUCUACGCUCGCGUGAAGGAACUCAAAACUGGAAAGGUGUACAUUAUGAUGGAAUGUCGCAUUGAGUCGCUGUUCAAGGGUCCGGAAAAUUACGAAAUAUUGGAUCGCUUCCCGGGUAACAAGCUGGCCGGUGUAAAGUACGAGCCAUUAUUCGAUUACUUCAGCAAGUAUGACAAAGUGGGUUUCCGUGUGCUUGUGGACACUUACGUCACCGAGGAAUCCGGUACUGGAGUGGUACAUCAGGCUCCGUACUUUGGCGAGGACGAUUACCGCGUUUGUUUGGCCAACGGAGUUAUUACGCGUGAUCAGGAGAUCGUUUGCCCUGUUGAUCCAAGUGGAAAAUUCAUGGAUCCGGUUUCUGACUUCAAGGGCCAGUACGUGAAGGAUGCCGACAAGCACAUUAUCAAGUUGCUCAAAGAAAGAGGACGUUUAGUGUUCAGCAGCCAGGUGAAGCACAACUAUCCAUUCUGUUGGCGAUCGGACACUCCGCUGAUCUACAAGGCCGUCCCAUCUUGGUUCGUCCGGGUCGAGCAUAUGACGAAACAGCUGCUCAGCUGCAGUUCUCAAACCUAUUGGGUUCCUGAAUACGUCAAGGAGAAGCGUUUCGGAAAUUGGUUGCGAGAUGCUCGCGAUUGGGCCAUCAGCCGUAAUCGUUACUGGGGCACACCGAUUCCGCUUUGGAUUUCGCCCGAUGGUCAGGAAAUUGUAUGCAUCGGAAGCAUUGAAGAGUUGGAGAAGUACUCCGGAGUUCGGGUGAACGAUCUGCAUCGCGAAAGCAUCGAUCACAUCGAGAUCCCAUCGGUUGUGCCGGGAAAUCCUCCCCUCCGUCGAGUCCCGGAGGUGUUCGAUUGUUGGUUCGAGUCUGGUUCUAUGCCUUUCGCUCAGAACCACUAUCCUUUUGAGAAUGCUUCGGACUUCCUGAGCAACAGCUUCCCGGCCGACUUUAUUGCCGAGGGUAUCGAUCAGACGCGUGGUUGGUUCUACACGCUGCUGGUCAUUUCGACUGCUCUUUUCAAUAAGCCACCGUUUAAGAAUCUGAACUGUACCGGACUCGUUCUGGCCAGCGAUGGGCAGAAGAUGAGCAAGCGCAAGAAGAACUAUCCUGAUCCGAUGGAAGUGGUCCAUAAGUACGGUGCGGAUGCGCUGCGACUGUACUUGAUCAAUUCGCCGGUUGUUCGUGCUGAGAAUUUGAGAUUCAAGGAGGAAGGCGUCAAAGACAUCGUCAAGGACGUUUUCCUGCCGUGGUACAACGCGUUCCGAUUCCUCCUGCAAAACAUCGACCGGUUCGAGAAGGAGGAAAAACUCGUCUACCGUUAUGAUGCCGUGCGCCAUGCCAAGAACCGGUCCACCAACGUGAUGGACGUGUGGAUCACUUCCUUCAAGGAGUCGCUGCUCGAUUUCGUCGCCAAGGAAAUGAAAGCCUACCAUUUGUACACGGUGGUCCCGCGGCUGACCAAGUUCAUCGAUCAGCUGACCAAUUGGUACGUGCGCAUGAACCGUAAGCGUAUCAAGGGUGAGUUUGGCGUUGAGGAUUGCUACCACGCGUUGGACACUCUGUACGACGUGCUGCUGGCGAUGGUUAAAAUGAUGGCCCCCUUCACGCCAUAUUUGACCGAAUACAUGUUCCAGCGAUUGAGGCUGUUGAACACGGAAAAGAUUGAGGGAAGCGUGCACUUCCAGAUGAUGCCCGGAUCGAACAAGAAGUACAUCAACGAGCCCAUAGAGCGAGCAGUUUCGAGGAUGCAGGCCGUCGUCGAAUUGGGUCGCGUAAUGCGGGAUCGGAGAACCGUCCCGAUCAAAUACCCCUUGACGGAGGUCAUCGUUAUCCAUCAGAGCAAGGAGUAUCUGGACGACAUCAAAUCGUUGGAAAACUUCAUUUUGGAUGAGCUGAACGUGAGGAAGAUCACUUUGAGUUCGGACAAACAAAAGUAUGGCGUUAAACUGCGAGCGGAACCGGAUCACAAAGUGCUGGGCAUUCGAUUGAAGAACGACUUUAAGCAAGUUAUUCAGGCGGUAAAGGCUUUGACCGAUGAGCAGAUCAACGAGCAGGUUAAGAUCGGACACUUUACGGUCCUUGGACACCGUAUUGAGUUGAACGAACUUCGAUUGAUCUACCAGUUCGAUGAGAAGCAGACGGAAGGUCACAACUAUGAAGCUCACAGUGAUAAUGACGUCUUGGUGUUGCUGGAUAUGACGCCCAACGAGGAACUUAUGAAAGAAGGCGUGGCCCGUGAGAUCAUAAACCGCAUUCAAAAGCUCAAAAAGAAGGCUAAACUGAUCCCGACGGACCCUGUUCUUAUUUAUUACACCGUCAGCAAGGAUGGAGAAAUUAAAAGCGUUGCAGAAAGUCAUCAAGAGUUCAUAGUCAACAUUGUCAAGUCUCCAUUCCUGCCCUACGGACCGGAAGCUGCCUCCAAGCAAGCGUUGAUCGAGGAAUCCCAGGAGCUAAAAGGUGUCCAGCUGAAUCUUGUCAUUUGCUCCCCUAAGGAUCGACCCAUCCCUACCAGUCCUUGGGUGAAUCUAGUUCUGGACGAGAAGAUCACUCCACGCUAUCAAGGUAAGCCAUCGCGAGAGGCAACCGUACUGUUAACCAACAUCAAAGGCGAUCUUCUCACCCUGAAUCAACUGAACGUCGAGAUCCACUCUCUGUUCGGAUUGAAUGAUCAAUCAUACAAACUGCUCACAGCCGACGGAAAGCAACUCGACCAAGUCGAUCUCAAGCUUAACCAGCAGACCGUCUUCAUUACCCACGGAACUAGUUUACCCAACGGGUGGAAACCGGCGAAAGCGCCCAGCUGUGCCUUCCGAAACGUUGAAUACAAGGGCCGCAAAGCGACCCUGCUCGCAGAAAACCCCGUUGGAGUGAAGCUGAACGUGGAACAAGUCAUGAAGAGGUUUUUCCCCGAUGCCAAGCAGUUGAAGGUGAACUAAAGUUUUGCGCGUAACUUUCUUAUUAUCACUUUUUGUGCUAUUUCAACAGGAUUUGCACUAUGCAAGCAGUUAAUUUUGCUGUGAAACAUCGUGAAUUUGGGUUCACCGAAGAUGAACCGAUAAAAGUGUUUGUUAUUACAUACAUACAUAACGUUAAUAUAAGUCCUUAUUCCCAAGUGAUGAAUUGAAA